AUGGCAAGAUAUUUUGAAAAUACGACAACAUUCAACUUCAGCUGGGAUCAAGUCGCUCGCGGUUACUGGAAGAGAUACCCAAACCCCCAGAGUUCACAUGUUCUAUCAGAAGAUACUUGGAGUCGGCAAGUGAAGGACGGAUGUUUGUACACAAAGAGGCUGCUGACUAAGACUAAUAGAGUGCCUAAAUGGGGUGAAAGAUUUUUCAAUGCAAAAUCUGUGAAAAUUAUUGAAGAAAGUAUUGUUGAUCCCGAAAAGAAGAUUCUAAUAACAUACACUAGGAACUUAGGAUACACCAAGGUCAUGAGUGUCGUGGAGCGUGUGGAGUAUCGUCCGGGAGUGUCUGGUACAACAGUGGCUCGUCGCUCAGCCUGGGUCGACUCACAGGUGUUUGGAUUCUCAAGAGCCAUCAGGGCUUUUGGACUCGAAAGAUUCAAGAAGAACGCCUCACAGAUGGUGAAUGGAUUCAAUCAUGUUCUAAACAGCAUGUACCCACGACAAAGUCACAGUAGCGUGUAUACUCUGAAGGAGGAACGUUCCAGGAAUGUACUGCCAGCUGUACACACCAGCUAA